UUGCUUAAGACAUACUGCAUACUGCAUAGAAUCAAACGACACCGGAAAAGUACUCUUGUUUAAGGAUCUCCAAAACCUCAAACAUCGAACAACCAAAAUGGCACGUCAAUUUCUUGUUCUUGCUCUUAUCUAUGUUGCCAUUUCUGGGGCAUUUUCCGAUGGCAAUGCACCUUCUGAUUCCCCAUCAUCCUCUCCUUCAGAGAAUAGCUCUUCCUCUCCAGCUCCUUCUAAGGCUCCUGCAGGUCCUGCUAAUAACUCUAGCGCUUCAGCUUCAGCUCCUUCUGGUGAUGCCAAAGCCCCAUCUUCUUCUGAAUCACCCAAGUCCAGUGCUAAAUCCCCAGCUCCUGCUAAAGCUCCAAAGUCUUCUGCUCCUAGCCCCAGGGCAUCUUCACCUGGCCCCUCUCCCGCCGCCUCCUCCCCUGAAGAGGGUGUUGCACCUGAGAGUGCGGCCUCCUCUCCUCCUGCACCAUCCAGCCAGGGCUCCCCAAGUCCUGAUUCCGAUGACCAAGCUGCUGAUGAUUCAGAAGAACCAGCUGCAUCUGAUGGUCCUAGCAGUGAUUCUCCAGCUGAUGCUCCGGAUGGAAGCCACGCUGCUAUCCUAAAGGUCUCUGCUGUUGCUGUUGCUGCAGCUGCUGGCUUCUUCUUGUUGUCCUUUUAA